CCAAUGGACUCCAAUGGGCUCGCAGACCCCUACGUCAAGCUGCACCUGCUGCCUGGGGCCAGUAAGGCUAACAAGCUGCGCACUAAAACCCUGAAGAAUACGCUCAAUCCCAUCUGGAAUGAGACUCUAGUGUACCAUGGCAUCACUGGGGAUGACCUGCAGCGCAGAACACUCAGGUUGUCUGUGAGUGAUGAGGACAGGUUUGGUCAUAAUGAAUUCAUCGGCGAGACCAGAGUGGCACUAAAGAAGCUGAAGCACAACCAGAAGAAGGACUUCAGUGUGUGUCUGGAGAGGGUGGUCCCGGUUAAGAGAACAGCAGUAGGUGGUUCAGCCCGGGGUAUGGCUCUAUACGAUGACACGGUGAAAGAGGGGACAGAGUCCGAGGAGAGGGGGCGUGUUCUGGUGUCUCUGACCUACAACAGCAAGAGAGGGGAGCUUCAGGUGGGGGUCAUCCGCUGUGCCCACCUGGUCGCCAUGGAUGCCAAUGGCUACUCCGACCCCUUUGUCAAAAUUUUACUGCAGCCUGACAUGGGAAAGAAGGGCAAACAGAAGACUCAGAUCAAGAAGAAGACCCUGAACCCUGAGUUCAAUGAGGAAUUCAGCUUUGAGGUCAAACACGGUGACCUGGCCAAAAAGACACUGGACAUCUCAGUGUGGGACUAUGACAGGGGCUCAGCCAACGAUUUCAUUGGCGGAUGCCAGCUGGGCAUCUCUGCUAAAGGGGAGUGUUUGAAGCACUGGUACGAGUGUCUGAAGAACAAAGACCAGCGGAUUGAGCGCUGGCACGUGCUCCUCAACAACCAGCAGCCUCUUAGCGACUGAGUAGUCCUCUCCCUGUAGUUCACCUCACACCCCUCUGACCCCUCUGACCCUGUCUCAUGGUUCAGUCCACUAGAGCAGUCCACUACUCGGGGGGUUUCAGGAAGUACCCCAGUGCGAAACACACACACACACACACACACGCCCGGCGCGCGCACACACACACACACACACACACAC